AUGAGCACCGACAGGUGGCCGGAGGAGAGCACCGAGGGAGAUGCUGGGAGAACAGAGUGGAAGCCCACGGCCAAAGAUGCUUUCAAAGACAUUUCCACAUACUUCUCCAAGGAAGAAUGGACAGAGAUGGGAGAAUGGGAAAAAAUCCGAUAUAGGAAUGUGAAAAAGAACUAUGAAGCACUGAUUACUAUAGGUCUCAGAGCCCCUUGGCCAGCUUUCAUGUGUCACUGCAGGCAGGCCAUCAAACCCCAGGUGGAUGACCCUGAGGAUUCUGAUGAAGAAUGGACUCCAAGGCUGCAAGUUAAACCUUCUUGGGUGGCCUUCAGAGUGGAGCACAGUAAACACCAGAAGGCAGUGCCCCCGGUGCCAUUAAGUAAUGAAUCUAGUUUGAAGAAAUUGCCAGGAGCAGCGCAACUGCAGAAGGCAAGUGGCCCUGCACAGGCCCAGAGACCAGCGCCCCCUCCCGGAGCAGCAAGCACCUCUGCACGGCACACUAGACAAAAGCUGGAACGCAGAACAAAGCAGAUUGAAGUGAAGAUGUAUAGCCUACGAGAAAGAAAGGUCCACGUGUACCAAGAGGUCAGCGAGCCCCAGGACGACGACUACCUCUAUUGUGAGAAGUGUCAGAACUUCUUCAUUGACAGCUGUGCUGCUCAUGGGGCCCCUACAUUUGUAAAGGACAGUGCAGUGGAGAAGGGGCAUCCCAACCGCUCAGCCCUCGCUCUGCCCCCUGGAUUAAGUAUCAGACCAUCAGGCAUCCCUGAGGCUGGGCUUGGAGUAUGGAAUGAGGCAUCCGAUCUGCCGUUGGGUCUGCACUUUGGCCCCUAUGAGGGCCGGAUCACAGAAGAUGAAGAGGCCGCCAACAGUGGAUACUCCUGGCUGAUCACCAAAGGGAGAAAUUGCUACGAGUAUGUGGAUGGAAAGGACAAGUCCUGGGCCAACUGGAUGAGGUAUGUGAACUGUGCCCGGGAUGAGGAGGAGCAGAACCUGGUGGCCUUCCAGUAUCACAGGCAGAUCUUCUACCGAACCUGCCGGGUGGUCAGGCCGGGCUGUGAACUGCUGGUCUUGUACGGGGACGAGUACAGCCAGGAGCUCGGCAUCCAGUGGGGCAGCGGGUGGAAGAGCCAGCUCGCGACGGCGGGCAGAGACCCAAAGCCCAAGAUCCAUCCGUGUGGCUCCUGCUCUCUGGCCUUCUCCAGUCAGAAAAUCCUCAGCCAACACGUGGAACACAGUCACCCGUCUCAGGUCCUCCCGAGAACAUCUGCAAGAGACCGCGUCCAACCACAGGAUCCCUGCCCAGACUAUCAAAAUCGGCAGCAGCAAUAUUCUGAUCCACACAGCUGGAGUGACAAACCUGAAGGUCAAGAGGUCAAGGAAAGCUCCAAACCUUUGCUGAAAAGGAUAAGGCUGAGGAGGAUUUCAAGGGCCUUUUCCUACUCUCCCAAAGGACAAAUGGGGAGCUCUAGGGCACAUGAGAGAAUGAUGGAGGCAGGGCCCAGCACAGGCCAGAAAGUGAAUCCAGAGGACACAGGAAAAUUACUUAUGGGGGCAGGAGUAUCAAGAGUUGUAAAAGUCAAGUACAGAGGCUGUGGGCAAGGCUCCAAGGAUAGGUCUAGUCUCACCAAGCACCAGAGGACACACACAGGGGAGAAGCCCUAUGUUUGCAGGGAGUGUGGGCGACACUUCAGUCAAAAGUCAAAUCUCAUCAGACACCAGAGGACACACACAGGGGAGAAGCCCUAUGUUUGCGGGGAGUGUGGGCGACACUUCAGUCAAAAGUCAAAUCUCAUCGGACACCAGAGGACACACACGGGGGAGAAGCCCUAUGUUUGUGGGGAGUGUGGGCAAGACUUCAGUCGUAAGUCACAUCUCAUCGGACACCAGAGGACACACACAGGGGAGAAGCCCUAUGUUUGCGGGGAGUGUGGGCGAGACUUCAGUCGUAAGUCACAUCUCAUCAGACACCAGAGGACACACACAGGGGAGAAGCCCUAUGUUUGCGGGGAGUGUGGGCGAGACUUCAGUCAAAAGUCACAUCUCAUCGGACACCAGAGGACACACACAGGGGAGAAGCCCUAUGUUUGCAGGGAGUGUGGGCGAGACUUCAGUCGUAAGUCACAUCUCAUCAGACACCAGAGGACACACACAGGGGAGAAGCCCUAUGUUUGUGGGGAGGGUGAGGGAGUCAUUACCAAUAAACCACAUCUUAACCACGGGAGGAUAAAUGUAGCCACCGCAUACCUCAGCUCUGAGGGAGCUUCAAAGGAAGUCUAUGACCCCUUACAUUCCCUAAGAGUGUCUUUAGAGCUGGACAAAGAAGGGGCCACUCAGGCACUGGUCAGACACAGCUGCUUCACCUGCAGACUCGGCUGCCCUGAUGAGGAGGUGAGAGGUCAGGAUGCUCAGUGCGGGCAACCUCCCUUCCCACCGCUGCCCUUCCCGCUGAGCCUGGGCAGCCCCGGAGGCCCUGCACACACAGUCACCUGGGAAAGGCGGCCUUCGCCCACACCUUCUGAGAACGGAGUAUGGAGCCGCGCCUGCAGGAACCGGGCCACCCGUGAGUCUCGGAACCUCUCCUGCCCCCCUGCACACAGUGUACUCGAAGCCGACACCGCAGCUUCUCUAACGCACGUGCCGUGUACCUGGGCCUGUGUGCUUCAGUGCAACGGUGUCGCCACCUUGAAAUUCUUAACUGUUGAAUAUUUUAUCCUUCAACUCACUUUUUCUAAGAGAAGUCUGGUGGAGAAUGGGGCACGCUGUAAGCAGAGCCGAAGGGGGGAGCCCAGACCCCAUGACUGCGAACAACGGCCCUUAGUCCCCCUCCCCAUGCAGGCUUGUGAAGCAUCUCUACGUGAACCAUGUGCAUGUCAAUAA